GGCCUAGUCAUACUCUAAUAUAUUAAAACUUACUCAUUAGGUAUUAGUGAAGAGCUCCAAUUUUGAACUUGAAGUUAGACGUUCCUCUGUCUUUAGAAAGUUUGAAGGGGUUAAGUUGGACGUCGCAUGUCAUAUGAUUUAAUUUGGUGCAGUGAUUAAGACAUAAAAAUGAUGACAGACAAAUCCAACAAACAACCUUCUAAUGUAUGGAUGAAGCCAGUUCCAAUGAAACUGUUUGCUGCUUGGGAAGUUGACAAGACCCCACCAUACUGUAUUCCAAGAUUAUGCACUCUUACACUUACAAGACUGGUUCUUCUAAAGUCAUUAAGUGCUGAAGUUAACUCCUUAGCAAUUGCAGUGAAAAUGCAGAGCUCAAAGCGUACUCUACGGACAAAUGAAAUAAUGAUUCCCAGUACAGGACUACUGGACACAGAAUUGGAUCUAACAUUUUCAUUACAGUACCCCCAUUUUUUAAAAAGGACUGGGAAUCAGCUACAGAUAAUGCUUCAAAGAAGGAAACGUUACAAAAACCGUGCUAUUCUUGGUUUCAAGACAUUAGCUGGAGGAAUCAUUGAUAUGGCUGAGGUCUUACAACGGCCAACAGACAAGGAAUUGGAACUUUAUUCUGAUGUUAAAGAAAAGAGUGAAGUUACAGCUAAAGUCACCAUGCUAGCUGUGAGCAGCCAACCUGUCGACCAUGAAGAAGCAGAACGGCAAAAAUCACUCUUACAUACAGAGCAAUUAGGAGAGGGUGAUAAUUUUUCUGAUGAUGAUGAAGAUUCAUCCUCUAAUGAAGAAGGCAGUGACAGUGAAGCUGCUUUAGAAGUUCCCCAAAGACAUUUUCAUCCCAGUCGAAGAAUAGAACAAAGACAGUCUCAUUUUCAAAAAGUGUUAGAUCACAAACUUCUCACUGCAAACGGAGAGGAAAGGCCAGACCCAAACCAGAGAAACAUCAAGCAGAAAUUUAUAGCACUUCUAAAGAAGUUUCGUGUUUCGGAGGCAGAGGUUCUCUACUCUGAGCAGUAUCCAGGAGAACUGGAACAGGAACUAAUUAAUGAGAAUCCACAAGAAAUUGAACAACUAUUGUUUGAUGAAUCAGAAGAUCUAUCAGACAGUUGCCCUGAAUGUGAUGAUGUUAGCAUAUCGUCAACUCCCAAACCUAGUCUUAGACCAUUUUUCUCAUCAUGUACACUUUCAGCACCUGAAGUUGAGAAGGUUAGCAUUGAGAAACAGAGUGAUGAAAAUGUGAAGAAAGUGGACAGUGAUGACCAUCAGGAUACUGAUCAAGAACAUGGUGAGAAUCACACUAGUCCACCCAAGACACUAGUAAGUGAAGAAAAGAAACCUCAAGCCACUGCAAGUUUCUCAGGAAUAGACAAAGAAAAAAAAACAAAACUUUUCUCCCGAGAAAAACACAUCUCAGUACCCAAAGAAAAAAAAACUGUAACUGUAAAAGAUAGUAAGGAAAAAAAUCUUGUGGCUGUUGAGAGGUCAAUCAGUGUGAAAGAAGUAGAUGGAAGUCCUAGAAAACUGGUUAUGGAACAGCUAAAUAGGAUUUUUCCAACAGACGAUGCAGUUCCAGACCACCUUCUUCUGAUCAGUACAACAGAGACUGUUGGUCAAUGUCUUGCUCAGUACUUACAAGAAAGACAACAUUAUGUUGUAGCUGUAUCCUCCACAUCAGAUCUGAAAGCAUCUAUAUUCUCUCUUGUUGCCAAGAUCCAGAAAUUCUGCAACUGUAAUUCAAGAGCACCACCUACAAUAAAAAUUUGUUCUUUAGGCCUUGAUGGCUUUCUUAAUUCUUUACUUCGGUUAUAUGUUGACCAUUUUUCUUGCAAACCACCUGAAUGGCAGACUUAUGUCAGAUUUCACAUUGUUCCAUUAGUGACAAAGGUGGUGCUCUUAGCCUUUGGAUUAGAGCUUAUGUGUGUGCAACCAAUGCUUGACAAAACUUUAAUACUUUUCUUUUACAGCUCUGAUGAAGAGUCUUUGCAAGUGUUUCUUCCAUUUAUAAGUGAUGUAAAGAUUGGUCUUGUUGAAGGAGCUCAGUCUGCUUCUGAUGAUGUUCUGCAUACGUAUCAAGUCUCCCUUUUGAGAAAAUUUUGCAAAAUCCCAUGUAAAUCACAGGAUUCCCAGGAAGAUGAAUCUAUCAAGGAGACAAGUGGACCAAGCAAGAAGAACCGAAGGACUGAAGAUGAAAUAGUCGUACCUGAAGACCCAGCAGAGGAUAUACUAUUGAACCAAAGAGGCAGUGUGGAUACUUCUGAUCAAGAACAAGAAGAUGUAUUGGAAGUUCAUGAAGAAAUUCUUGGUUUUGAAGUUGCUGAUGAUCUCGUUGCAGAUUUGUUGACCAAAUAUAUUUUGGAGGAGUUAAAGGACAACAGACUCGAUGUCACAAACCUGAUUGGUCAAGGAUAUGAUGGCACCACUGUCAUGAGAGGAUCUUCAGAGGUUCCAGAAAAACAAAAUUGGAUACCAUAUUCAACUUCUGCAACCCAUACAAUAGCUUCAAGUCAAACCAUGGGAGGUGGAGAGCCUAUGGAUUUGCAACUGGAUUACUGGACAACAUAUCGUACUGAAUCAAGCAAGAAGGGAGAAAGCAAUAAAUUUAGUUUGAAAAGCACGUUUCGAACACUGCAGAUUUCUCGUCUUCCCAGUGCUGGUGAAAGUGGAAAUUCUUCAUUAACUCUGAACUUUGUUACAAAGGAGAAAAGACAGAAAAUAAUGAGAUUGGGAAAGAAGAAAGAGAAAGAGAGGGAGCCAGAAAAUCGUUACCAGGUAGUUGAUGGAGUCCAUCGUUUAAUUUGUGCAUGUAAAAACCCUCAGGCUCCACUAAAAGUAACUAUUGAUGGACUGGAUUGGAGUGGAGUAAAAUUCUUCCAACUUACAGCUCAGUGGCAGACCCAUGUGAAAUUUCUACCAGUAGCCAUGUAUGCUAACUUAGAAACAAACCUAUAAUUUUCUCUGUGAAAUCACUUAUAGGAAUGAACACUGAACAUUAAAAAAGCAAAGAAUAUUUAAGUAAAAUAUAUGAGUCACUGCUGGACAUCAUAAUCAUUGUUGUGGUAGUUCAUGAUGAAUAGACUUUGCAAGAAUAUUGGUGUUAUCUUGCCUAUGUUGCUGAGUUUUAGAGUUUUUGUUUUACUUUAUCAGGGUGGCUCAGUUGCAGAACUGUUGUUUUGGUAUUGGAGAACUUUUGCACCAAAAUGGUUGGACAACAGAGUUAUUGUGUUCAGUAUAUUAUUGUAGCUAACCUGCAGACAAUUGUCACCUUCCAUCUGAAUGGCUGAAUGGAAACUCUGCUGUAAUUAUUGCAACAUUACAUUGUUCUCCAUGGACUAGAAAUAGUGUUGUUUGACAAAAAUACUUAAUAUGUACAACCAUUAGGCUAGUAUUCUAAGAUAUUUAUAUAAUUCGUCAUAUAAUGAUUAGGUUAACACACCGGUCUGUGCGUAGUUGAAAUGCUACAGUAGUAGAGGUAUAAUCAUAUUGUCACACUGUGAUAAUAAAUUAAACCUACUUGAUUUUGUAGAAGUUGUAUUUCGAGAUGACACACAAUUUUGUUGAUAUAUUAGACAGAAGUGAAGUAGAAAAGUGUUAGGAUUGAUGAUGAUGAAAUAAGAACUGAACAGGUUGCUGGUGAAUAUUUUAAAAUACUUUUUCAUGUGAUAAAUUUUGCUGCAACUUCUUUGUAAACUUACUUAGAAAACUAAAAGAAAAUACACACAUACACACACAAUUGUAAUAUGCGAUUUUGUCACAUUAAAAUGUUAUUUAAUUAUUAUUCAUUUAUUUCCCUCAAACUUGUAUAUUCAAACUUUUCAAUUUUCUGCUUGUUAUUAUGAUUUACAUAUACAUAACGUACUGUUAAAUAUUUCUGAAUGCACUUUCGUGAGUAUUUGGUGCAUGAGUAACAUUAUGUGUACUACUGUACAUCCAGUAUUAUUAUAAAAUGUUAUGAAGGGCAUUCUGUAUAAUUAGGGAAAAUAAACAGUUCUGUGCUUGAGAAAGUUUUUAUAAAAAUUGUAAUUAUCAUUACCAUAAUAUAUACUAGUUUAAUUCUGAUCAUUAAUAUUCUACUUAUCCUAAGUUUUCAUCUCAUUAGCUUUCCAAUAUCAUAAUAAUCAGGAUGACUUAAAGAAAUAUGAUCCUCAUUAAGAGAAACUGCCAAUUCUGAAACGCAUUGGUUCGAAAUAUGCGUGUCUCAAGUUUUAAUCUUCCAUAUAAUUAUGAAUUAUAAUACCCCCAUUCAAAAAAUAAAACUCAAAUAAUCUUGGUUGAUUCCACAAAAUGGUGAUAAGAGGAUUUGGGCUACGGUGUAAAGAAUGCAUAAUCAAGCCAAAAGUUCUGAACAUCUGACAAACUAACAAAUGAUGAAAUAGAAACAAAUAAUAAUUAAAGGCUUUAAAAUUCUGAAAUUGCAGCAUAUUUUGUCCUAUAAUCCAUGAAAUGACCUUGAUCUGGAAAGAUAUGUAUAUUUUUAAUUGCACAUUAUAAAUAAGUUGCAAAAUAACAGCCUUGCACUGGAAUCAUGAGAAUAAAGUAGCUAUUCCAUUUAGCAGAUGUACUCCCUAAUUAUACAGGCCUGGAAUCUUAUUUAUUUUUUGAGUUGGUAUGAUAGGACGUUAAGAUUAUUUUAGUUGGUUAUUUUACAAUCUGAAGGGUCAUUCUCACAACAGUUACAUAUAUAACUGUUUCAAUGCUUAAUUUGUAUUUUUCUGCCUAUUAAGUAGACAAUAUCAAGUUAUUUUUGUAUAAAAACAUCAGCCAGCUUGUACAGAUUUGAAAUAGAUUGCAAAUACUUAUUCAGGUUACCAAGCAUGACCUUUGUGCUAAUAGAAGUUGAUUUUCCAUCACUGUUCAUAGUUUGCAGAAAAAUAACUUGUUUAGAAUUGUAUUUUUAUAUCAUUCAUACAUGUUCUUUUACUAAUCCCUUCAGUUUUAUAACUAAAACAUUAUUUACAAUUUUCUUCACAAUAAACACAUUACAGAUACAUUGUUGAUGAGAGUAGAUGAGCUUUUGGCAGUUCUAUGUGUAGUCUUGUGCAAGUUUUUUAUAACAUCCUGAUAAUUCAAUUGGUAUUCUCACUAAACUAACACAUGGUCACUAGGAUGAUCAAUGAUCAGAAGCAAGUGUUUAAGAGCCAUAUGUUCAGCUAUUAGGUGUUUCCACCAUUUUUGAUGUCCUAAUCUACCUGUUUCAUAAUGAAUGCUAUGAUUUUAUCAUUACAGUUGGUAACAUUGGUUGCUUAUAAUAUACUGUGACUUGCCCAGAAUUAGUUAAAUGCCAGUGGAUUUAGUUAAUAAAUGGUCUAUAUGGCUAUAGAAAAGUUUGAUGAAUGGGAAGCAUUAACUGUCAGCAACCAGUUAGAGACUACAACUUGCACAUAAUACUACUACAAAUGGAGCAAUUUCAGUUUUUGAAUUAGCUUAAAAAGUUUUACGUACUUCUUUUUUAUAUAUAUCAUAGAUAGUGCCUAAAUUUAAUGGUUAGUAUAAUAUGCAAAUAAACUCACUCAGAAGUGCUUUCAUUUGCUAACCUAGACUGUUACUCAAUUGGCCUUGAUGAAUGACUUCUGGCAGCAUUUGAAAGCCAUAAAUUUGAGCCUAGCUUAAGUGUAUGAACCUUGUCAAACACCAUAGCUCAGUUAGUAAUUACUCAGGUAACCAAAAUAAAGGAUUUAAUUUUGCUUUCUGCUUGCUUUUUUUUUUGAGGUAUCUAAACUUUUUUUUUAAAUUAGUCAUGUGAAAGGGAAUUGUACAUUAUACUACCAAACUUUUGUCUUGCGUGUGUAUCUCAAAAAUCUUAUUAGACCUACAAUACCUAUAUGUAUUUGUGUGUCUUCAAAAUAAAUACAUAUAAAAAUAUGUUGAUAAAUAUUGCUAGAACAUAGGAAGUUUGAUAUAACUACAAGUAACUUAUACAAAUUGAAAGUAAAGUAAAAGUGAUGGGGAAGGCUGGCAUACUUUGAAAAGGAAAAUUUGAUAAAUGAGAAUAUAUUGAUGUCUGUGAUAUGCUGUUGCUCUAUGAAAUGGAGAUAAAAUUGUGGCAGAACAGAAAAAAUACUGAUUCUCAUUUGAUCUACCCUAUAUGAAUUCAUGUGCACUGAUAUAAAACAUUUUAUCCAUUAGAGCUUCUAAAAACAAGACGAAUUUGAAAUAUUUUAUUAUGAAAAUUAUCUUUAUUUCAGUGUUAUAUUGUCAGAUUUAAUAAAAUGUAAUUAACAGAAAUCAGCAAGUUAGGUGACAUCUGUAGGGAAGAUAGCAAUAGAAAUAGUAAAAAAUAUGCAUAGAAUAAUAAUUGCCAGAAUAUUAGUUGGUACAAAAAUUUAGCCAUGACAUGAUAGAAACAAGUUAAUUCACAUUUUUGAUUAGGUAUUGAAUGUUUUAAGUAUCCUUAGAUAAUCAGUUAAUUGUUUGAAAUGAUAUUAUAUUGUAUGUGAAAACAAAUCAUUAGUAAAAAGGUUAUUUCCCCUAAAAAAAAGAUCAAUUUCUGAAGAUAUAGCAUCUGAAUGUUGUGGGAGAGAAAAGUUUCUAUGAAUUGUAGACUAUCAAAUAUACUUGCAUACCCUAAUAUGUUUAACAAAGUAAAAAUUCAUGUUCAUAGGGUCAUAAUAGAAAAUUAGGAUUAAUGUGCUGUAAAACUCUCAUUUUUGAUUUUGUUUCAUUUUCAAAUGAAUAUUAGUUAAUUAAUUAGUUUAGGAAUAAAAUAACUAUCUAUUACUUAUUGUAUAAUGAAAUAGGUAAUUUUAAUGUUUCUUAAAUUACAGGCUACUCUUUUUAUACAAUUCUAAAAUAUGGUAAAACUUGUGUACGUGGCAUCUUUAAAAGUGUUUCUAUAUCUAAGUUAACAGAAUGAGAAAUUUACUAAAUAGAUGUCACAAUAGGUAUACUGUUGCAAUAAAUGUUUCUAAAGCAAAGUAGCUGGCUUUUGGAAUCAUCAUAAUGAAGUCAUUAUCUUGAAUUAUCAAGGUGUAUAUCUAGCAAUAACCUUUGUUUCUUAUUGGAUUCAACUAUUGUUUAACUAUUUUAAUAUGACAGCAACAUUAUCUCUGUGAAUCUAUAACAAAUAAUAAAAGACUGGUAAGUUAGUUAGAAUCAUUAACUUAUUUUAUCAGGACAGUUGGAACAUGAAACUAAUAUUUGACAUUAAAUGAUGUGAUCAGUAACUGUGUGGUUGUUGCUCAUUUUCAGUGAAAGCUUUGUAUUCAUAAACAACCAAUAAGUUGGAGAAUAAAUAUACCAUAUAUAAAAUUAUUUGUUUGAGACACCAAAGUUUUUAAUUUGGAACUACGACUUUAAUUCAUUAUUAAUUCUAAAAUUUAAAGAUUUGUCAGUUUUUUAAUACUGUUCAACAGGAUGAAGUGGAUUUGUCUCAUUUGUUGAAUGAUUUAAAAAGAGACCACACAUUUUUACAUUUAUUGUAUCAGAUAUACUCUGACCAUAAGGGCAUAUUAUUGUAUUAUCUUGCUUUGAUUACAAUUUGUAUUUGUUAACCUAAAAUAAUUUUAACAUGCUCAAAACAAGCAACUUAGAAUCAUCUUUUCUGUGCUUGAGUAACUGACAGUCUCUAAUUUAAUGGCAUAUGUUCUAAGUAUAUAACUUGCUCUAUUAAAUGGAUGUGGAUCAAGGAUGGAACUGAAAUUUCAUAAGCUGUGGCUUAGCAGUCAGUUUGAGGGCUUGUAAUGUUAAAUCAUCUGUUGUGGACACAGUGCAAAUGGCCUAUUGUGUAACUUUUUACUAGAAAAAAUCUCAUAAAUUUACUAAAACUUGCAUUUGUUAGGGAUUCUGUUUGAAUUGUACAACAUUUCUCAGUUUAUAUUUGUCUUAAUCUGUAAUCUGAUGACUUUUUUUUUCAUAGCUUUGUUUAAGUUGAAUUUCUGGUGAAUAAUGUUUUAUUUUUUACUCAAAGCUGUUUUCAUUGAUAGAGUAUGUAUGUUAUGCAGCAUCACAGUUUUUCUUGUGAACUAAGUUUGUUUUGAUUCUCACAAUUUGUUUAAUAAUCUCAUCCUCAUAACUCAUUGAGAUUGUACAAUUUCAUUGUUGCCCAGUAUAUGUUACAAUAGAAUAUUAUGUUGGAAGUAUUAUAUUGUUCACCUGAUUAAUGCCUUCAUCCCAGUACAAAUCAAAUUGUAGUAUGGCAUGUAUGCCCAAAAAAUGUUUGUGUUUUUUCUUGUACAGAGUUCUACUACAAUUCAAAACUACAAUAUGCCUAUGUGUUUCACAACAAGAGAUGUCUUUAUUCAUGUAAACCAAGACAUCAUAACUUUGGAAAAUGUUGAAUUGGUCAAUGGACCUAAUCCUUGUAGUUUUCUUGGAUGUUGGAAUUGGAUUUUAUGUAAAUGUUUUGAGUAUGAUAUUUUUACAUAGUGAUUAAUAUCUAAUGAAAAAGCAUAAAAAGUUGAAACUGAAAGAUUAUAUUUAUGCUUUUUUUCAUAUUUUCUUUCCCUGCACAAAAACCUCACUAAGUAGUGUUGCACUUGCUUUUCAGUCAAAUAUAAUGCUGAAGAAGCAAAGAUUUAUUGCUAAAGUGUAUGUAAAAGGAUUUCUAAUUUCUUUUAUAUAUAAUGUUUUUAGUUGUUUUUUACUCACUACAGUGAACCUAUAUUCAUAUAAGAUUAGUAAAAUAUGAAACGUUUAUGAUAGUAAUUUAUUCUUCUGAAUUAUUCAGCAGACAAGCUGUUUAAGAUGCUAAAAAUAAAAAUGAAGUCUGAUCUAUCAUUUGAAUCUACUUAUUAGCAUGCUGCUGAUAUCUUCAGUGACAAGUGGGUGAACAGAAUUGUAGAUGGGGGUUUCAUAUCUAUUUUUAAUUGUUUUUAAUGUUAUUGAAAAAGUUAGGUUAGUCUUUAAGUGAAUGGCAAAUUGCAUGUAAUUUAAAGUGUUUUUUUAUUAUGUUUUAAUUUUUGUUUCUAGUAUUUUGAAUUGUUAUGUUGUUGUUUAUAUUGCAUUAAAAAUAAUUUAAUGUUGAUUAAAUGAAAUACUAAAUAUGGAGUUUCAAUUUUAUUCAAGUCUUUUUAGCCUAAUACUAUCAUAUCUUUUUUUGAAGCUUUGAAUUUUAUUAUAUUCUAACAAUUGUAUCAUCAUUUGAAAAAGUGUACAUAAUUGAAAUGGGGAUUAGGCUAGAGUUUAGUUUGGCAAACUGUAAACCUAUAAUUCCAUUGUUCACAUCCUGUUCCUGCAAAGUAAUGCUUAGCACUUUGAGUAUGUGGGUGCAUUGUAUGAUAGUCAAAAUCAACCAUUGAUUAGAGUAGCCCAAGAAUUUGUGGUGGCUACUGUUGUCUAGCUGCCUAUCCUACAGUCCGUCAAUUUAAAAGUAGGGAUGGCUAAUACAGGUAACCUUGUGUAACUUUGCACGAAUAUCAAAAAUAAACAAGAUAUUCUUCAACAAGUUUUCUAUUUUAAAAAGAUUAUUUUUUUAUCCCAGAAAUCACAAUCACCUAACUUUAGCUGCAAUAGAAGCAAACAGCAAAAUAAUGGCAUUGCAUUAAUAUUUCUAGCAUAAAAGAGUUUCUAUCUUGGAAAAGGGAAAAAUGUUGUGAUUAUUUUUAAUUUUGCUUUAUUUACAUAUCAUUAUAAUGUUACUUCAUUGGAGGGCUCUUUUGCACUUUCAUAUUUUCUUUUUUGAAUGGCACUCAGUAAGUUUAUUUUUUGCUCUUAGCUACAAUUAAUGAUGUUGUGACAAAGAAUUUGGAUAGCACUCUAUUGUUUUUAAGUUCCUCCAUUUAGAAGUUGCAAAGCAUCUAGUUAUAAGAACUUCCAAAUAUACAAGAAUUCAUGAGAAGGUUAAACAUCCAAUUGUGUGUUUGUCUUUCUUGUUUUAAGCUACUUAAAGUUUUGAAUGGAAAAUGCAACCACAAUGUUAAAACUAUGUGAAAGUAUGUUUUAUGUGAUGAGUGACAGAAUGCUUAUGCUUAAUAAUCUAGUCUUUAAACUGUAAUAUAGCAUUACCUAGUAUCAGUGGCAGUGCCAGCACCCAAAUUGUUUUUUUUUGGGGGGGGGGUAAAAUGGCACGUGUAAUUAUGAAGGGACUCAUUAAGCCAACAUUUGAAGUACUUUGAAUCAAAUUUUGAAACCCAAAAGUACUCACAAACCUUGGAAAGGAUCAGAAGGUUUUUGACCAUUCUAGCAUAUCUAGCUAUUUUUUUAGGGGGGGAUAACAAGUCCCUUUAAAAGUGGAUUGAUGAAUGAUGUUUUUCAGGCAUUAUUUAAUUAAAUAAAUGAUUAUUUAGUGCAGUAGUACCAUUAGUAUAAAAAAGUAGGAUUAAAGGGAUACCUAUUAUUGUAAGAUAUAUAUGGUUGAUUUCUGGCAUACAAAAAAAAAAUUCCAUAUAAUGGUGCAAAUGUGUUUUCUUGUUAUACAAAUUAUAUUUGCUCUAUGUAUGUAGGAUUAAGUUUUGGGGAGCAAGAAAAAAUUUGAGUGGGAAAAUGUCCCCUGUAUUGUCACCACUAGAUACUAUACUGUAAAAACUACUGGGUUUGUUGGUUUUUUUUUUUUUAGUUAUUAUUGUGCUAUUCAUCUUAUUUUAAUAAUGAGUAGUAUUAAUAAUUAUUUGCAUAGAGCCAUACCUGAAAGAUUUUAGCAGUCUUAUUGCAAAUUAUUGGUUAUGAUGGCAAAACACAUUUUCUAAAUUUUAUUCAAGUAAGAUCCUU